AGUGACCAUAACACACUUAUAGUCCACUAUAAUAAUUAGCGGGUAGUGUACUGCCCGUCCAUAUAAAACAAUGCUUAUGCUCGUACCAUCCACAUGUCGGCUCAGACCGUGCCAUGUUUAUACAACUUUAUAGAAUGGUAGAAAGUUAGAAACUUGUUGCGUGAAACAGGACGCACAAUGAAGGCGUUUAGGUACGCCACAAUGUUUCGGGCAAUGACCUUAAACCCUAAUCCAUUUCCAAAUUCCAUUCUCUCAUCCCUUAAACCUCGCACCAUUCCACUUUCUCUCUCCCCUUUCUUUUCAAUUCGUUCUUUAGUUUCAUCUUCUUUUCUGACAUCUUCAAUGGCGGAUGGUGCUAGUAUUACUCCUUUUGAUGCUACUAUUGACACCCAAUUUCAAACCUUUCGAACCCAACUGGAUGAUUCUGGGAAUUUGCGUGAAAGAAUUCGUGCUAUUGCGCUUCAAAUCGACUCUAUUACUAGAAUCAUGCAUGCUAAUCUUCUUCUUGUUUAUCAAUCUCGUCCUAUUUCUGAGACGCUAGAGAUGGCUAAGUCACGAAUAGGUGUGCUUCAGGAGCACUUCAACCAGCUUGCUGAGAUUGUUCGAGAGUGCCCUGGUCAGUACUACAGGUACCAUAAUGAUUGGAAGAGUGAAACUCAAACUGUAGUAUCAGUGCUUGCAUUUAUACAUUGGUUAGAGACUGGAAAUCUUCUUUUGCAUCCUGAAGCUCAAGAGAAACUUGGAUUAAUUACGCCGGAAUUUGGUUUGGACAUCGAAGAUUAUCUAGUGGGAAUCUGUUUCAUGUCCAAUGAAUUGCCCAGAUAUGUGGUCAAUAGGGUGACACAUGGAGACUAUGAUUCACCGAGAAAGGUGCUGAACUUUUUGACCGAUCUUUAUGCAGCCUUUCGGAUGCUAAACCUUCGGAAUGACUUUCUGCGCAAGAAGUUUGAUGGUAUGAAGUAUGACUUGAAAAGAGUGGAAGAGGUUUACUACGAUGUGAAGAUUCGAGGUUUGAUCGAUAAUGUCGAUCCUAAAGCAGAGCAAUGAAGAUACAGUCUGCCUGAAGCUGAUGGCGAAUGAUGGAGAUGAUGUAAAUUUUGUGCACUUCUACUUAUGGAAAUAUUAUCAUGCAUCAGAUCAUGACUUUUAGUAUUUUACAGUUGCAUCAUGCAUGUGUAUGAAUUUGCAGUGUACUUGAAUGAUAGCUGUUGAUGAAUUUUCCCCUCUUCUCUUUGAUGGGUUUUAAUAGUUGAUGAGUAUCUUAGGUUUUGGCGUAUGAUAUGCAAUGAGGGGCUGUAACAGGCUAACAGCUCUUGUAAUUAUCGACUAUUCAUCAUCAUCAUUGUACCCAGUGUAUUCCGUUCAUAGAAAACUAUGAUCAGGGUUUGGAGAUGAAAGGGAGGUAACAAUCUAUAUCCAUAAAUGAGGAUGCGGCAAAAGGUAUUGACUGUUGAAGAGGUCAAUUCGCCCGUCCUCAUUAAGUUUUGUGGUAUGAUAUGGAUGAGGGGCUUGCAUUUUUUAGAGUCAUAAACUUUUAAUGAUCUCUCUGUCUCAAUAUUGGGUAUGCUAGUUGAAGUUGUUGAUUGGUUUGACCAAUUGAAUACAUCGACUUAAUAUUAACUCUAUUGUAUCUCUCUCUAUCUUUCAUAAGAAUGUCAUGUAAACAAUUAUAUCUCUUAACUGACAUUUUUAUGUCUGACAA